CUUCGUGUUGAAUUGGAUUGAUUCUAACACCACGGCGGCCAUGAGGAAGUCCAACUCGUGUCUCGACAUCAUGAUGAGAUUGCAGAUGGCGGCACUGACUGCUGUGAAAGCCGACUUUGAAUCGUACGGCCCAGAGGGCCUCACUCUCGAAGAUUUUGUGACUGUGCUCUUGAAGCGGCUCAUGUGGACAAAUACCACCGUGGUGGAGCUCGUAGACGAGCUCGUGGACCUGUUUGGCCAUAUAGUGACGAACGGCCAAGGCACGAUGGUGUGGGACGACUUUACGUCGGCACUCAUCGACGCCGGCAUGGCAACCGGCCUGAAUGAAACCCAGUGGCGCGAUAUGAAGUACGAAGAAAACGUUCUGUUUGUCGACAGCGCUAGCCGGCAGCCAAAGCAUGUUCAAUACAUCUCUGAGCUCCGCAAGCUAAUUGUUUUUGAAGGGACGCGCCCUGUCCUGCAGGUGUACGACCCCACCGCAAUCUUGGCGACCGAGUCGACUGAGACCAGCAUUGACGACCCCAAUUCCGCGCCAUGCAGCCUUCCCCUAACGCAUGAAAUCCAUCCCCUGGUAUACACUGCUGGGUACCGCCGAGACCAAGAUGCUGUCCGGUCCGAGCACAGCCCCGUCCAAGCCAUCAAGUACUUGACAACCCUGGACAUCCUGGCUGUGUCGGCGGGAGAUCUGAAACUCUCGUUUUGGAACUGCGCUAUCAUGUUUACGUCUGAAAUUCCAAAUCCUAUGGAACUCGUGACCACGGAGCAUCCACAGCGCAUUCUUGAGUGGGCGCCGGCAGCAUCUCGGCUCUUUACCGUAUCGAUCGACAACCGAAUUCUCGUGUGGAUGGUGGCCAUGAAAGGAGCGAAAAAGUGUACGGUCACGUGCACCCAUGUCCUCGACAAGCACAAAGACAUCGUGCAAGAUUUGCUCCUCGUCAACGAUGACACCCUCAUUUCGUGCAGCAUGGAUUCACUCAUCCUGAUCUGGGACCCCCAUACGCUUCAGUGCAAGUCAACCCGCGCCGGCCACAAGUACGGCGUCCGAACCCUCGCCAGGCAUUCGUCAACCAUGUUUGUGUCUGCCGGCUUUGACAUGGACAUGCUCGGGUGGGACGUGUCGGGACUCAGCAACUCGCCGAUUUUCAAACUCACGGGGCACCUCGCGCCGAUCGUGGCCAUUCAAAUCGUGGCUGGUUGUGACCAAGCAGUCAGUUUAGACGAAGACGGCUGGUUCAAGUGGUGGAAUUUGCAAAACUUACUCUCGACAGAAGACAACGACCGUUGCCUCCAGACAUUUCGCUUUGGCAGCGACGAGUAUCCCUGGAAGCCAACGUCGUUUACCCUUUUUCACAACGGAACAACGAUUGUCGCGUGUGGCUACCGCGUCAAGUGGAUCCAACGCGUGCGCCUCAAGCCAAAGUUGGUCGCGUCCAAUGCGGUCCUGUACAACGAUCACUCGUUCACUGUGCUCUCGACCACAGACAAAGAGCUUCGAGUAUGGGAUGCUGUGACGGGGGCGCUGUUGCACGUGUUUCGAAGCGUGACGCGAAGUGACAUCACCCAAGUCGUAUUUGACACCCUACAGCGUAAAUGCAUCGUGGCCAAUCAAGGCGGGGAAAUCAUUGUUCUAAACGCAGCCUCUGGCACUGUCCUCAAGACUUUUCCGCGGCACUCAAACCAAGUGAGCUGCUUACACUACUGCAAGGAAGACGGAUGCGUGUUGAGUGCGUCGUGGGACAAAUCUCUCCGUGUGUACGACGACCGUGCGCCGUCCAACGUGCUCUUGCGUAGCGUUGCAGAUGCACAUGACAGCGACAUCAAGAGCAUGGCGUACUCGCAUUCGUUGAGCCUCGUCGCGACCGCCAGCAACGACGGCCACAUCAAAGUUUGGGAUUACGUUUACUUUCUCCUGGACCAGCAGCACCACACAGGGUGUGAAGUCAACUGCCUGGCAUUUCUUGAGCCAUAUCCCCUACUCGUUUCGGGUCACGAAAACGGUACAGUGUGUCUGUUCACCGUGCGACCGAGUGUGCCGCAGCUGCUCUACAAGUUCUCCACCACCACUGCCAUCUGCACGAUGCACACGUACUACGACGAGAAAGGUGGCGACUGCGUGCGCGACGACAUCACGAUGGGAACGCAUGUACUUGUGGUCGGCGACCAAAGUGGCAUGAUGCGAUGUUGGGCGCUUAAUCGAGUGUUGCAGGCGGGCUCAGUGGAAACCACACCGGAAGCCGCGUUGCCGGCCAACAACGAGUCGUACAACCCACGCCGUCGCAUUCAACGCGAAGGAAAGACGGCCAGCCGACUGGACCUCCAGAGCCGUUCGUCCUCGAACUCGCCGCGGCUAGUCGACACAUCGUUGGUAACGGUCGUAGCGGAGUGGAAAGCUCAUUCCCUUGGCAUUCGAAGCAUUUGCGUUGUGGACGACCCCAAGUGCAUCUUUACAUGCUCGUUCGAUAAGAGCACCAAAGUCUGGGCGUACACCGGCGAAUGUCUGGGGGUGCUGUGUGGGGACAAGGAAUUAUUGUACUGGAAGUUGAUAGUUGACACCAACGGCGUGUCGGAGCGGAAGCUUCAAUUUGCUCACGCAUUGUGGCACUCUUUGAAAGAUCGACCAGAGUUUAUCCUGCCUGAGCAACCCAAGACAAGCGAAGCAGCUUCCACUCGGCGGCCCGCCUUAGCCAAGCAAGCCAGUGCCCCCACCGUCUCGCCGUCAUCUGCCUUUGACGCGACUACGUGUAACCAUCUCGCCAGCGAUAAAGACCGAUUGUUCGGCCAAUUGCGAGGAGAAUGCACAUGGAACAAGCCUGAAAUCCAACUAGCUCGGGAACGAGCCUGGGAAGUCGAAGCCUUCAAGUAUCAAGCGAGAAUGGAAAAGAUAUUCAAGAUCAAGCGAUCGCCGAUGUCGUCAUCCAAGGCAAUGGUGCCGCAGCCUCGGAUUGGCGACAAUGCCCCGAGUUCGUUCAUGGAGUCGCUCAGCCAAGUCGACUGGAGCGAGUUGCCGAAAACGUCACUCACAGCACUCCCCCAGCUGAAUUCGACGCAGCUGACCCAAGCCCCGUACGACGACAAGGACAAUUGGAAAAUCGACAGCAAAAAUCGACAACAAAUGAUAUACAGUAACUUGUUCUCCGAGACGUGCCGGACGGCCAAACAGCUCCAAGGCAAGCGGCAGCCAAAGCUUAUGCUCGAGAAUAUCGACAUUGCACCGUCGCCGUUCCUCCUCGAGAAGUUGGGUCCGGACAAAGCCUACAAGAAACCACGGUACCCCCUGCGGGCUACCCCCCUCUCGUCGCGUCUAACUCCCUCGCAGUCCCUACCCGCUCUGCGGAAACCCCCAGCCAAGACAUCUUCCCCCCGACGCCAACUCUAUGAACCGAAAACCACCCCUGAACACCCUCAGAACCAACACAUGGACCAAAUCGAACGCAUAAUACAACACGCGACUCGGACUACCCGCGGCGGCCAUACCACCACCCACGACAGCACGACGCAGUCGCAAGUCCAAGGCAACAAUGCCUUUACGACGGUCAAGCCCGUGCAUCUCUCGGCAUCAAUCGCGCGAUCGAUCAAACUUGUGGAAGACGAUGUCGCUGACAAGUUAUCUAAACCUAAAAAGGCGAGCACGAAAUCGUCGAAAAAGCGAUCCGACGCCGCGGAUCAGUCGACUGCGUUGGUGCACAAGGCGGCAUCGCUUAUCGUGGCCAAGCCAAAGCCUGCCGUCGAAACGACGAAGGAUCGAGUGCAGGCUGACCAAGCGCUUCUCCUCAAGCAAACCUUUGGACCGUACGCGAAAGAGAUGGUGUACGAAGUGUGCAAGUUAUUUGUCGACACGGACGUCGACAACAGCGGGUCCAUCGAAACCAAAGAGUUCGUACAACGGCUCGUGCGCGUGCAGGGUGCCGAGAUGAAGGACGAGCUAGAGAGUUUGUUCGAGUGCAUGGACCACGAUCACAAUGGAUCGCUCGACAUGGCUGAGAUGCUCAAAGCGAUCUUUCCCAAAGCGAAUGCCCGUGUCCGAGAUGACAUGAUGGCCUAUUCGCGACUAGCGCUGAGUGCAGUGUUCGCCGCCAAACCCAAGCAGCGGGAACUGUCGAAAGACGCCAUCGACGACCUCACCCAGCUAUUUCGCGUACCAACGCGUCGCGACCCUGCGCCGUCUCGGAGCUCAUGAAUUUGCGUAGAUAUUCGACCACGACAAGAGCGGUUCCAUCGACGUCGACGAGCUGCUUCAAGGCCUGCGCGACAACGACGCGUUUUACGCCGGUCGCCAUGAGUACGGUGACAACGAUACGUUGGACCGAGUGUCCGCCCAAGACAUCGAACGGCUCAUUGCUCAAUUCGACACGAACUCCAACAAGUCGCUCGAGCUCCCCGAAUUCAUUGAGCUCCUUCGAGACUAUUUUGAAUAAUGAAUGGAUGGUCGGGACGCGUCGGACCAGCGAACUCGCGUGAUGCCGUCUAGUAUUCGUUUCCAUACAAGUCCUCCUGUCAGGUCGAUGCGUCCCUCGUGGCAAGCGAAGCAUCUUAAAACCCCUGGAAGCACCCGUCGUAGGCGGGCAUUUUGUUGUCCAAAGGAAGGCCAUUUGUUCUUUCCCACACGCGCGGCAGGGUCACAGGUAUCACUUCGAUCAAAGCGUCGUCACGGCUGUCGGGGACAACGCACCUUGGUAGAAAACGCCGCUUCCAUUCGGGCUCCCUGGCUUCGUCUGCAUUCCAUGACAGAGGCAUGGCACUCCCCGGACGCUCCCCGGCUGGCGGUGGUAGUUGUCGCACGUCAAAGUCCCAAAACGCGACCAUGAACGUCACGCGACGUGGUGGUGUGGCAUCGUUUGCUGCUUUCGAGUGAUCGCCACCAGGGCGUCCAGGAACAACGCCGUGGAGAACUUUCCCAUUGAACACGACGAAACGAUUCUCGUUCGGGUGAACGAGCCAGCCGUGGCGGCCCAACUUUGGCAUGCCAAAGCUCUGGUCGGUCACCACCGUUGGCCCGCCGCACGGCGCUUCGAGAAACAUGACAGUCGAGACGAUGGGAUUGCGCACGCCACCACGGCCUUCGUCCGCACUGUCAAAGUGGAACUGGUGGCCCGAAUCGUGCGGGCGGCAAUGGGUCCACCACUCGGCAAACUUGGCGCGUUUGACAGCAGGGACUCGUGCCUGUGCCAGUUCUUUCAGGUAAUGGACGACGUCGUCAAGGCCCGACACACGCGGCUGCGACAGGUCAUGGACGUAGCUGAAAUACGGCGACGGAGGGUCGACGGAGUAUUGAUGGGCUUUCCAAAACGGCGAGUGCGACGACGACAAAGCGUGUUGCAUGAACGCGAGCAUGGCUGGAGGGAGCGCAUUGUCCGCGGCACACACAAACGGGCGUGGAUCGAUCGAGGGACUGUCCGACGUAUACGCUAGUGUAGUCGCAGCAACUGGAGCUCCCGGAAACGAGUACUGCAGCACGGCCGUGGCCAGUCGAUGUGUGUACCCUCUGGUUUGCAGGAACCGGUCGGCUUCUGCAACUUGGCCAUCUUGCACAAGAAGGAGAGCGUGCUUCUGGGCCGCAAGGUACUGGUCAUCAGUCUCGUCGGCCGGCGGGACAUCUUGCGGAAGCGCGGACAUGGCGGCGCGACUCUCCCAAGCUGGUGGUGGUGGCUGUAUAAUGCAUGUUGCAAAAACACGAUACAAUUGGUACUGGGUUCGAGACCACGAAGGCCAAUGUAUUCCAAAAAUCGGUACCAGUCCGAGCGAGAGGAUCGAGCUGGGAGACCCUUGCAUCAUGGAGACUCUAGUCUGUGCCAAUCUACCUCACGUCCUCCCGUCAGCGCAUUGGAUGGAGUGCGCGCG